GCCGGCGGACAGGUAACGUCGGAGGAUCCGGUUUCCACCGCACCGGGCCGCAGUCAGAUCCACUCCCUUUGUCUUCGACUCUUCGUCUCCCUUUUUGCCGGGCGGUUCGUCGUGUCUCUUCCUCGGAUCGCUCCUGUGGCCGCCGCGGCGAUGGCGUCGGGGGACAGCGGCAAGCAGAGGAGCGAGGGGGAAUGGCGCGCCGUCCUCUCCCCCGAGCAGUUCCGCAUCCUCCGCCUCAAGGGCACCGAGUUACCUGGAACAGGAGAGUACAACAAAUUUUACGGUGAUGGGGUUUAUAACUGUGCUGGCUGCGGGACUCCACUCUACAAAUCCACCACCAAAUUCGAUUCUGGUUGCGGUUGGCCAGCAUUCUUUGAGGGGCUUCCAGGAGCCAUAAACCGAACAUCGGAUCCUGACGGUAGGAGGGUGGAUAUCACAUGUGCGGCCUGUGGCGGGCAUUUGGGCCAUGUGUUCAAGGGAGAAGGCUUCAAGACACCUACGGAUGAGCGCCACUGCGUGAACAGUGUCUCGAUCAAGUUCACUCCUGGUUCGUAAAUCAUCUUCUCUGGAUGAAAAUUCGCACGUCUGGAACUGUGGGAAGCAGUAGGAAACAAUGAAUAAGAUGCUGCCAGCAUUUACAUAUCGCUGUAGUCAACAUAUGUCCGUGUCUCCUGUUACUUUGGCUGUAUAAGCGUGUAACUUGCAUUGCUGGGAAUGGUAACUGAAUCUGUUCCAUAAUAAGUUAGUGCUGUAAGUGAUCGGUAAUUGAAAGAAUGCUUUACCCUUUU